AUGCGGCGGCACAGACAGAAAGUACGGAGGGUUGCCUGCAGACCGGAGCAAAGCAUUUACCCAAAUGCAAUUUUCGAUCGUGAUUUCCAAACAGAAUGUUUGUCAAUUAUUGCUGUCUUUAAAAACUUUUUUCUUACAUCUGGCGAGUUUUGUGUGUUUUUUCCUUCUGUUGAAAAUAGCGUAAAAGAGCCUAACAAGGUAGCACUGAAUAGUGUGAUCAUAUCCGGUCUCUUGUCAGAAGUGCAAAUAAGAAUCUCCAUCAGUAAAGGCACGAAAGUCAAGUCGUUUCGUCCGCUUUCAGCCACGUACUGCCUGGAAUUUGUUUACGUCUCUACUCGCUCGCUAGAACUCUGCACAUUAAAAAGACUAAAAAUGGAAUUAGAAUCGAUGGCAAGAUACAUCUCCCCUGUUAAUCCAGCAGUUUUUCCACAUCUAACAAUUGUUCUACUUGGUAUUGGAAUCUUCUUCACAGCCUGGUUCUUUGUUUAUGAAGUGACAAGCACAAAGUACACAAGAGACAUUUUCAAAGAACUAGUUGUUGCUCUUUUUGCUGCCAUUUUCUCUGGAAUGGGUGUUUUAUUUUUAAUGUUAUGGGUUGGAAUAUAUGUUUGAAUUUACUAUCUAUCUAUUUUUUGCUAUCCAAAUGAGUUGUAAUAGGUGGCAAUUUCAAAUUUCUUUGUAAUUAUUUUGUUUGCACCAUUCCAACACAUUCCAACCAUGUUCCAACCAUUGACCUCUUCUAUGCGGUAGGCACAUACAAAAAGUUUAUUGGACGAGGAUGAGUUUAUAGGCCUGCCUUACAGAUGCCUUUAAAAUAUUUGGUUGACCACCUUCUGAUUGAAUUUAAUUUUGUUUUAAGUCAACAGUGUAUGUUUGCGUGUAUUGAAAUGAAAGUAUAUACCGGUAAAAUAAAAUUAUGACCAAUCCAUAAA